CCAUCAAGAGCCCUCAUCCGGAAAGAUGCGACUGACGCGGCUCUGGCUCGAGUGGCGCCGAUCUCCGGCGGUGAGGGUCCCGGGGAAGAACUUUGGAGUCAGAAAGGUUGCCUCUGGCGUUUCUUCGCCAGGCAGCGCCUCGCCCAGAGCCCUAAAUAUCUUCGACCGGGAUUUGAAGAGGAAGCAGAAGAAUUGGGCGGCUCGGCAACCCGACCCUAAGAAGUUUGACUACGUGAGGGAGGAGGUCGGCAGUCGGAUUGCAGAUCGUGUAUAUGACAUAGCCAGGGAUUUUCCCCUUGCUUUGGAUGUCGGUUGUGGAAGAGGUUAUAUAGCACAAUAUUUGAAUAAGGAAACUGUUGGAAAGUUUUUCCAAGCAGACAUAGCAGAAAAUACUUUGAAAAAUACCUUAGAAACGGAAAUUCCUACUGUCACUGUUUUAGCUGAUGAAGAAUUCCUUCCUUUCAGAGAAAAUACAUUUGACCUGGUGGUUAGCAGUUUAAGUUUGCACUGGGUGAAUGACCUUCCUGGAGCACUUGAACAGAUUCAUUAUGUUUUAAAACCAGAUGGAGUUUUUAUUGGUGCAAUGUUUGGAGGCGACACUCUCUAUGAACUUCGGUGUUCACUACAAUUAGCAGAAACGGAAAGGGAAGGAGGAUUUUCUCCACACGUUUCUCCUUUCACUGCUGUCAGUGACCUAGGACAUUUGCUUGGGAAAGCUGGCUUUAAUACACUGACUGUGGAUACUGAUGAAAUUCAAGUUAACUAUCCUGGGAUGUUUGAAUUAAUGGAAGAUUUACAAGGUAUGGGUGAGAGCAACUGCGCAUGGAAUAGAAAAGCUCUCCUGCACCGGGACACAAUGCUGGCAGCUGCAGCUGUGUAUAGAGAAAUGUACAGAAAUGAGGAUGGUUCAGUACCUGCCACAUAUCAGAUCUAUUACAUGAUAGGAUGGAAAUAUCAUGAUUCACAGGCAAGACCAGCUGAAAGAGGUUCUGCAACUGUGUCAUUUGGAGAGCUUGGAAAAAUAAACAAUCUUAUGUCACAGGGGAAAAAAUCACAAUAAAUAUUUUAUUUAAUGUUAACGUGGUCCAGAAUUUUUAUCAGAGAUGGGCAACUUUCAGAUCUAAAUUUAUUACAUGUUGGAGCAAGAAGCAAUGUGUUAGCUAUUUACUAACAGACUUAUCAAAUAAUUAGAGUAACCUAAAACUGUACUAUGUUUAGUAACCAUUUCAGUUUCACAUGGUUUCUGUUCCCAUGUAGACACUGUUAUCCAAUGAUUGGGUUGCCUUGUGUGCACAUUCAGCCCAAAAGCAAAAAGAUAUAUCUCUGAAAAACCCACAGAUAUGUUCACACAUACACAUGGCUGACAUGUUGGGAAAACAUUACACAUUACACAUUAUUUCUGUAAGAGGACCACAGCAAUGGGAAUGA